GCAAUCGGAGAAAACGCCGUCCCAAUGUUUCGGUGAAAUGUUACUUUACGAGUACCUUGCUGACGUCACUUUCUCUGUGGGUGUCGGGUUGCAGAAAGUCGAAAUGAAGGCGCACAAGUUUAUGCUUGCGAGCAGAAGCGCCACUUUCUUUUCAAUGUUUUGUGGAACGGAAACUGCCAAUAAAAAUGACGUCAUUUCGAUAGAUGAAGUCGAGCCAGACGUCUUCAGAAAGCUUUUAAGAUACAUUUACACAAACGAAGUGGACAUCACCACGAAGUCUGUGACGGCGCUCUUGCACGGGGCCAAGCGGUUCAAGUUGGGCGGCCUGGUGGAGCUGUGCAGCCGGAAGUUGGCGGAGGGAAUCGCGCUGGACACGGCUUGCACGCUGCUCGAGCAAGCGCAUCAGUACCAGGAACCCACGUUGGAGCAAAGCUGUCUCGACUUUAUAUACAAGAACGCCCAUACGGUCCUGACGUCACCACAGUUCAGCUCUCUGUGUCCUCAGUGCCUGACGAAGGUUCUAGAAUCCGACGAGCUCCGCGCAGACGAGAGUGUCGUGUACAAAGCCAUGCUCACGUGGGCGUCAAGAGCGUGCAAUAAACAGAAACUUCCGGUCAACGGCGAUAGCUUCAACCGAGUUCUUGGUAAACUAAAAUACCUUGUCCGCUUUCCGGUGCUCGAUAUAGACUUCUUUAGCAAACACGUCACUAACGACGGCAUCUUGACGAAAGACGAAGUGAUCGAAGUAUUCAAGUACCUCCACAGUAGAACGGCGCCAAAUCUUGGACGGUUUAUUACAAGACGCCGAGCAAUGACGCGUGCUUAUAGGUUUGACGUCAGUUCGGGCGCAUGGAACGUCGGGAACGUUUUCUGUGACGCGAUACAGUUCCAGAGUUCAAGAGAAAUCGUUCUUGAUGGCGUAAUAAUCUACGGGUGUUACAUAGGGGAGGCAUCGUACGACGUUUCCGUUAGAAUUCUCGGCGAACGCCAUCAGCUUAUUGUUCAGUGCGACUCCGAACUUCAAACGAGUGCUAAAACAGAAUUGUAUGACGUAUUGCUCAACAAUGGCGUCACACUGAAAGCGAUGACAUGGUACACAAUAGUUCUCUACAUGGAAGGCCCGCAGACGAAGCGAGGCGUUUGCGGUAAGAACAUGAUAUACUGUGAGCAGGUGCAAUUCUUUUUCAAAACAAGUAUUCUCACGCAGAAUUGCACCACGGAGCGAGAGGGGCAGAUUCCAGGUAUCAUCUUCCAUUGAUAGUGUGCUUGUCGAGUUAAUAAGGCUGUGUCGCGCCUUAUGUAGCAAUCGGGAUGGCAAUAUUGGUAACCCAGAAGGCCUCAGCAACAAAUUUACUUCUAAAGACUGAUUUUGAAAUGUAACUGCAAGUUCCUGGCCCCGAUUUCUCGAAAAUGAUUAAAGCAUGUUUGAACAUGGUGUGUAUGUGUGUAUUUUGAAGUUGAUCCGCGCUUGAGGCUGCAUUACGUGUGGACCCAAAGUGUGUUCCAGCACUACUAACUUAUUAAGUUUCUAGACUAUAUUUAUACGUUGGAACAAAAAAAAAUGAAAUAAAGAUGCAAUUUACAGCAGUUUGAACGAA